CGACAAUCAUAUUGUCAACAAGUGUGUAGUAAAAAACAUUAAAAAUAAAAAUACAAAAAUGAUGGUAAAUGCAAGAAUUCGACGUGAACAAGUUUGUGCACGAUGCAGGAACCAUGGAAUGGCUUCAGCAUUAAAAGGGCACAAAAAAUUUUGUUCCUUCUUAAAUUGUGAUUGUGUAAAAUGUAGAGAAACAAAAAUAAGGCAAAAGUUUAUUGCCCGUGAAAUUGCAUUUCACAGGAAAAAUUCAAGAAGUAAGUUCUCGGGUGAGAGAAGUAAUUCUCUAGAGGCAGCACCGAAAACAAUAAAUGAUUUAGAUAUUUCAUCAUCAAAAUAUUUAUGUGAAGUGAGAAGAAAUCAAAUGUGUGCACGAUGCAGAAAUCACGGAGAAAAUCAGCUCAUCAGAGGACAUAAAAAUUCGUGUCCAUAUAGUAAUUGUGGAUGUGAAAAGUGCCAAAUCACAAAGGAAAGGAGAAAAAUUAUGGCAAAGCAGAUUAAAGAUUACCGAAUGAAUCCAAAGAAUUUAGAAAGAAUGGAAAGCAUGAUAAUGUCAGACUUUGCAACAGAAGAAAAUGAUUCUGGAUAUUCUGGAAGUCCAAAUACCAGUCCAGAAGCUGACGUUGAAAUGAUUUCAUUUCCAACCAUAAUAGAAGAAUCUUCAAAUUCAUCUGAAAAAGACGAUGAUCAAUUGACAAUUGAUCUUACAGAAAAGUCUGACACACUCGAUACAGAAGCAAUCUUCUCUCGUAUUCCACCAGAGAUGCUCAACACUUUUUAUAUGGUACAGAGCCUCUACGAAAAAUACUGUCUUAAUGACUGUCAAAGUAAGAUUCAAUUUGUGUAUGCAUUCGUGCUACUAGCUCAUCAAAAUUGGUCAUUUGUUGAAGGUGCAUUGACAAAAGGUUUAUUGUACUCUGAAGAAUUUUUCAAGUCUCAUCAGCAUAUGGCAAGUGAGAAUCUUUCUGAUGUCUCCUCAUCACCACCUCCUCUUCAUUCAUUACCUCAACAAGUAAGAGUUAGACCAAUGAAUGGAAAAUUUUAGAAUUAAAGCAAACAAAUCAAGACAUUAAAUUUACAUUUGUACAACAAAUUCUGAUGGACAUCAAACUGUAAUGCAAGAACAAGCAACACAAAAUAUGAUGAACAAUUAUCGGAAUUAGAUAGUAAGGAGAAUAAGGAAAUCUAUAAUAAGCACAUUGAAUAUAGCAACUAGCAACUAGGAAUCAUAAGAACAACAAGCUUAUAUAUUAAAAUUAUUACAUCUCACAUCGCAUUGAAUGAAGAAAAAAAAUGAUUUGAUAAUUUUUUUGACCUUCUCAAAAGAGAAGUGUAUUUUUGUGUAUAUAUAGAAAAUUUACAUAAAAGAGAAUUUAAAGUCAAUUUGUAUAUACAAUAAGAUGAUGAUAAUAAUGAUGAUGACGAUGAUUCCAUAUAUAAAUAAUAAGAAUCGUCUGUGAAAGCGUUAUUGAGAGAGAAAAUUCGAGAGAGAUUGAGAACAACAAAUUUAUAUUACAUUAAAUAAAUAAUGAUUGUAAGUAAUAACAUCAUCAAUUCACAUCGUACAAAAUGCUUAUCGGGUAAAAAUUUCUUCUUUUCUCGCAUUUUUUUAUUUUAUUUUUAUUUGAUGAAUUUCGAAUUUAAGUCGGUUAGAAAAAUAAAGAUUU